UGUCAAUAUAGUAGGUGGCAGUAAUACUUCUUAACGUUGGAUGCCACCAGCCAUUAAAUAAAAGAAGAAGAAGAAGAGUUAAUCUGUCAACGUACAAGUCUGAGGGGAGGAGCAUAGCCUAGCAGUAACGUCAAACAACGGAAUGAGUUCUGCUGACUCUCCGACUAUUGGGGAGUUAAUCCUCAUCCUCAGUGAGAUGGGUUUCACAGAGGAACAGAUCCAGGCAGCAGUGCAGGCGGGGAAUUUUUCUGUACCGGAGGCAGCUGAGUGGCUCUUACAGGGUCAGUAUCCACGACACACGCUGUUAAAGUCAGCAUCACAGUCAGCUGAAACAGCAUUUUCUGCUUUCAACCCACCCAAAGAGGCAGCAGGGACUUCAGGGUCACAUACAUCGGCCACCGAAAGCCGAGAACCACUCCCACUUGAGUCACGCAUCAAACAAGACAAGACCGACUUUUCUGAGCAAGAAAGACAACGUGCUGUUCAGGAAGUCAGAGCAGAGAGAAGACAAAAGAAACAGGAGCGGGAGUCGGUGUUAAAGCGGAUAGCUGAGGAUCGGAGGACUUUGCAGGAGAAGACUCAGACCAAUGCUGUCACGGAGAUGUGUCCUCCCAGUGGUCAAGAUCAGAAGCUUGGCGGAAAGAUUCAGACAAAUGUGGAUAACAACUGCUUUCUCAUGAUUCGGCUGCCAUCUGGUGAGUCAGUGCGUGAACGCUUCCCAGCUGAUGCCCCUUUGCGCAGCGUCGUGGAGCACAUCACUGGACGUCACCCAUCCCUACCCUCAUUUUCUCUCCUCCAGAGUUUCCCUCGUAAAUGCUUUGGGGAAGCCGAGCUUGCUUGCUCGCUGCGCUCUCUUGGCCUCACACCCAACGCGGCGCUAUGCAUUCAGACUACUCCUCCGGAGACACCUCAGGAUCCUCCAAGUCAUGCAGCUCCAUCAUCACUAGGACAGAAUGAGCCAUCUCCAAGUGCUGCUCCACCUCAGCCUCAUAUCCCUGUCUUGGAGAGGGCAGAAGGUCAGGACCUUGUUCUACCCCCUCCACUACCCAACCAGCUGUGGGAGGAGGCAGUUAAUUUUGCAGGGAUCCCUGGAGUUGGUAAUUCGCUCUCCGGGCCAUCUCACUUCUGGGGUCGUGGACAGAGGUUGGCUCCUGAGGAUGCGGCUGGCAUAGAAGUUGGAGAGGAAGACCCCCCUCACUUGCUUCAUGAAAUCCCAAGGCUGCCUUUGUUUCCGGACAACAGGAUUCAAGGAGGAUUUGAGCCCAGGCAUCAGUGGCCAGAGCAAGGCAAUCGACUCAGGGAACCUCCAGCAGAGCCUGAGGAUGCAGAUCGGAUGGCACCUGUAGCUGCAGGUCUGGCUGCGGUGGAGCGUUUUCAAAGAGCUGCACAGCAGGAAGAUGCCUGUGCCUCACAGGGACAGCCAUCACCACCUAAAAGACCCUUUAGGACACCAAGCGUGCCAUCCCUAUGUGCCUUGAGUACCCGUGCAACAGUCCACCUCAUGACUGCUCCCAGUAUGCAGUACAGCAGCAGUCUGGCCUGCCUGACCCCAGAGCUGGCAGAGAUUCUGCUCAACUACAUGGCUCAGGAAAGGCUCCUACGUCCACGCAGCCUGGAGCUCUUCUUUGGCUGUCCGUUGCAGAAGUUUGUUCUUAACUGCUACCCUUACUCCACCAACGAGCUCCUACGGCAGUUAAGGGCAUUCACAGCACUGAAACAUCUGAGCCUGGUCAACUCACCUCUCAUCACCGACUCUGGCCUGUCAGUCCUGUCCAGCCUGGUUAAACUCCAGUACCUCAACCUUGCUUCCUGUAGCAAAUUGACUGACUCCUGUCUGCAGCAUAUCACAGGUUUGAAGAGUCUGUGUUUCCUGUCUCUUGACCGUACCAAAGUGACCGAUGCUGGGAUGGUGCUGUAUCUCCAGUCAGUUCCACCCUGCUUGUCUCAGCUCAGCUUAAACCAGACUGCAGUCACUGAAGCUACACUGGUAGUCCUUCCCACCUGCGUGCCACACCUGCGACUUCUCAGCAUUAAGCAGACGAAGGUUGAGGACAUUUCAGCUUUGGCAGAGUUGUCCAGCCUGCAGACUCUCAACCUGGAUGGGACAGAUGUGGCAGAGAGGUCACUGAAGUACCUUGCCACCCUCCCUGCGCUGUCUUCCCUUAGUUUGGCAGGAAUCCCUGUAGUUGAUGGCAAUCACGCUCUGCAGAUCAUCUCAGGUCUAAAGUUGACUCACCUCACCCUCCCUGGACGCCACUCUGUGAAUGACAGUGGGUUGUCAUUCCUCUCUGGUCUGUCUCUGCUCUCAGAGCUGGACUUGACAGACUACACACAAGUCACAGACCAGGGAGUCAAACAGCUCUGCAGUAUGACUAGGCUGAAGAAGCUGUCACUUGGCAACACUCAGGUGACUGACGUGGGGCUUCCCUCUCUGUGUGGCCUGCGGGAGCUGCAGGAGUUGUGUCUGGACCGAACAGCAGUCACUAGCAACGGAGUGGCUGAACUCAUUGCCUGUCUACCGCAUCUCCAGGUGUUGGGAUUAGCCAGCACGCAGGUGGGAGACACGGUAGUGAGGAGAGGUCUGAUCCGCUGCACUCAGCUUGUUAAACUUAAUCUUAGCCGCACGCGGAUCACAGACAAUGGUCUUAAGCAUCUGAAACUCAUGCAUCUGGCUCAGGUAAAUCUGGACGGUACUGGUGUGACUCUGGCGGGUAUUGCAAACCUCCUCUCUUUCACCACUAUCAGCAGCAUUCGGGCCAGCAACAUUCGCACCAUUCCUCCUGAUGAGGUGUCAGAUGAGGAGUGGGAAGGCCAGUGAGCUUCAAUACCUUCACUUGGCACACACCUCUGAUUGCUUUAGCCCAGGGGAAGCCAAUUCCAGUCCUCGAGAGCC